AUGAGCAAUAUUAGCGGCGAAGACAAUCAUGAGAAGCUGCGCAACUAUAUACUCAAUCCGGACAUAUCCAUCCAUGAUCCGCUGCCAGAUGUGCUACCGCGCCAAUUCGAUGAAAUGCGCCUGUUGCAUAUUCCAAAAUGUCCAGCAAGCACAAAAUUGAUUCCGCGCCGGGAUUUUUAUACCGGUAAAAUACUCGAGUUCAUUGAAGUAGAUUUGGAGGAUGUGGGCGCCAAUGCAAACAAUUCCAUGUCUAUGAGGCGUGAGCCCGGCCUAUUGGAAGAAGUGACACGCGGCUCACACAUGAACUUUCCAUUUUGGCCGGGCGGCUUUGAUGAACAGCCGCACGAGAUAACUAAUCUCGAUAUAGCGAACAUUGACAUUGGCGAUAAGCUCCUAACCGUUCCACCAGGAUUUCCAUGCGGCCAUGACUUCUCGGCGGAAGCAGGAAAACCUGAGGUGCUGAAGACGUAUGGGCCAGUUGACAAUGUGGAUCUUUUGCAAAAUCUAGAGCAGGAUAUGGAUGUAAAGGAGUGGUUGCAAAUGGCGGGUGGCGAAAAAGAUGCAACAGCAGUGGCCGACCCAGAGCGCCACUUACGUUUUCCUGUCGAAUUUCUGGAUGUUGAAGAUCAGAUUAUGAAGGAAGAUCUCAAGCCAGUUUUAAAUAUAUCCACCACAACGAAAACAUUUAGUAGCGACUGGGCCGAAAUGGUGGAUAUCAGUCAACCUAUGCCAGAUUUUAAGAAGAAAAUACCGUGUCCGGCGAUGGAAUUUCCCUUCGAGCUAGACGUCUUUCAGAAGCAGGCCAUACUCAAGCUGGAACAGCGUCAGUACGUGUUUGUGGCCGCUCACACAUCAGCAGGCAAGACAGUAGUGGCCGAAUAUGCUAUAGCACUGUCUAAGCGAGAUCUUACACGCACCAUUUACACAUCGCCCAUUAAGGCGCUGUCAAAUCAAAAGUAUCGAGAUUUUCGGAAAACGUUCAAGGAUGUGGGUCUUAUAACUGGCGAUUUACAGAUUGAACCCACCGCAUCGUGUCUGAUUAUGACCACUGAGAUUCUGAGAUCCAUGCUCUAUUGCGGCAGCGAUAUAACCAGAGAUCUGGAGUAUGUUAUCUUCGACGAGGUGCACUAUAUAAACAAUCCGGAACGUGGACACGUCUGGGAGGAGGUCAUUAUUCUGCUACCGGAUCAUGUUAACAUUAUUAUGCUGAGCGCUACAGUGCCCAACACCAUGGAGUUGGCCGACUGGGUCGGUAGCACCAAAAAGCGCAAAGUCUAUGUGAUUAGCACACUAAAGCGACCGGUGCCGCUGAUGCACUACCUUUACACUGGCGCGGGCGGUAAAAGUCGCGAUGACAUUUUCCUGCUGGUCGAUGCACAGGGCAAAUAUUUGCAAGGAAAUUAUGAUAAGGCGGUGGAGCGUAAAAAGGAAAUGCAAAGUAAAUCCAAGGGCGGCUCUGCCGGCAAUGGACCAAAGAAUUACGUAAGCGCUAAGCAAGAUCAAUACACGUGGAUUGGUUUGAUUGAUUUCCUUAAGCGGAACAACAAAAUGCCAGUUGUCGCAUUUACACUCUCUCGGAAUCGAUGUGAUCAAAAUGUAGCUGCCUUGCAGUCUGUUGAUCUCAAUACGGCGGUCGAGAAGGGUGCUGUACAGAAAUUCUUUCUGCAAUGUUUGGCCAAGCUGAAGCCACCAGAUCGUACUAUACCCCAGGUCAUGGUUCUUAAGGACGCCCUGGAGCGGGGCAUUGGUGUGCAUCAUAGUGGCAUACUGCCAAUACUCAAGGAAAUUGUUGAAAUGCUUUUUCAGAACGGUCUGGUCAAAUUGCUUUUUGCCACAGAGACCUUUGCCAUGGGCGUGAACAUGCCAGCUCGUACAGUUGUCUUCGAUUCGCAUAGAAAAUUCGAUGGUGUGGAGGUACGUAAUCUGAAGCCCGGCGAAUAUAUACAGAUGGCAGGUCGCGCUGGGCGUCGUGGUCAUGAUGAGAACGGUACAGUCAUUCUGCUUUGCAAAGCCAAUGUGCCACCUUCUAUGGAAUUGCGUCCUAUGAUACUAGGCCUGCCAGAGAAGUUGCAAUCGCAAUUCAUUUUGCGCUAUGCCGUAAUAUUGACUUGCCUGCGCAUCGAGAGCAUUAGAGUGGAGGAUAUCAUGCAGUUUAGCUUCAAGGAGUUCAAUCAAAAGUUGCAGUUGCCCACGCAACAGAAGCAGUUGAGAUUGGCUGAAGAUAAAUUCGCCAUGCUGCCUCCACUAGGCGAGCAUUUGCAACCACUUGUAUUUUUCCACGACAAGGCGAUAGAGUAUUGGCGAGGAAAGGAUCGUGUUAUGAAAUUCCUGUUAAGUCAAGCAAGAAUCCAAAAGGAGCUCAAAGUUGGACGCAUCAUUGUGAUUACCCAAGGCAAGCACUACAAUAAGUUGGCCAUCUUGUUAAAUGUGAAAUCAGUGCUGGGCAAGGACACCGUAUACAAAAUCCUAGUUUUGGACCAUCAAUUUAAGGCCAAAGAAAAUGAUAGAUUCGAUCGUGGCGAACUCUACUACAAGAUACUCUCACUGACUCCGGAGCACAAAUUCUUCCACCCGGAGGGCAUUGGUGGCCAUACAGUUUUGGACAUUAAAGCUGCGGAUAUAGUGCAUAUAACAAAGAACGCUAUUAAGGUAGACGCUGAUAUCAUAAUACGCAACUGGGAACAACGACAGUUGGAGCGUUUUAAGGAUGCACCACCGGGUGCCACUGUAGUGAAGGCUGUAACUGAGUUGCAUCAGUUGAACGAAGCGUACAUUGCUAAUCCGGAAAGCUUAAAGUAUAUUGAUGUGUCCAAGGAGUUGAUUGUAAAUGCAGAUACGGAAUUAACCAUAAUAAGUCAGUUCGAGCAUCUGGCACGCCAGCUGAACGAAGUGCUUCCUCAUACCAAUAUUGCCGGCUUUGAGCAGGAAUUCGCCAAAGUCUACGAGAGACGUGUACUUGAGAUUCACAUUGAAGAGCUUAAGUUUAAGAACUCUGCCAAGAAUCUUUCACUGUAUCCGGACUAUUGCAACAAACUAAACGUGUUACGCGCCUUAAAAUACAUCAAUGAACAAGACGAGGUGACGCUCAAGGGCAAAGUAGCCUGUGAGAUGGGACAGAAUGAACUGCUCAUCACCGAGUUAAUACUCUGCAAUAUGUUCAAUGAUUUGGAGCCGGCAGAAAUUGCUGCGCUGCUAUCAGGCUUAGUAUUCCAAGCAAAAAUUCAAGGUGAGCCGGUCAUACCGGAACCUCUAAAGGAAUGUGUGGCUGCUUUCGAGCAAAUCAAUGAUACUAUCUUGGCCGAGGAGCAACGUCAACAGGCGGCUUUUGAAAUCGAAAAUCGGCUUAAUUUUGGUCUGCUGGAAGUCGUCUAUGAGUGGGCCCGCAAUAAGCCCUUUGCUGAAAUUAUGAAGUUAACCGAAGUGCAGGAAGGCAUCAUUGUGCGUUGCAUACAGCAGCUGGAUGAAACUUUGCGUGAUGUAAAGACCGCAGCGAUACGUAUUGGCAAUCCCGGUCUGCAAUCAAAAAUGGAGGAAGCGUCUGCCGCGAUUAAACGUGAUAUUGUGUUCACUGCAAGUCUAUAUACAGAACUGUAAAAAGAAAAUCUGGCUGGCAAAUAAACAACAUUGGUGGUUUCUUAAAACUACAAACUGAUGCAUGUGCCACAAUUACAAUUCCGAUCGAUACUUAUAAAAAUGUAAAA